AUGAAAGAAUCACAGCUCAGGAAGUAUGUUGAACACUGCAACAACAGUCUUCAAGGAAUCGUGGAUCUCCAAUCGGCACAAGCAAUCAAUGAGUUUCAAACUAAAACCGAAGAAAACUUUCAGCGUCUUGACGAUAUCCAGGCUCAUUUCAAAACUGACAAGCACUCAAUUGAAGAGUUCCAAACCUUGAAAAAAGACUUCUCCGCUAAAAUUGACGAUUUGGAAAAAUCCAUAGUUUACUAUGAGAAGCUAGCGGACGAGAUACAAGAGUUCUUGACCGAAAGCGAGGUCAAGAAAAAACUUGCAAUGAAAAGACAGUCUCAAAGCACGAACCGAUGA